UUCAAAUUAUUAUUCAUUAUUAGAGUUUACUAGUUUAUUAAUUUUAUUAAUACCUGUCGUAUUUUAUGUACUUUAUUAAUAACUAUAACCAAUAACUAUUACAUAUCUAGAUUAUAUUUAUUUAUUACUGAAUAUUUAACCAUAAGUAAAUUUCCUUUCAUAAAAUUGUAUACAAAUAAAUAACUCAAUUUAUUCAUUAAUUAUGGUCGCCGCUUCAGAAGAAUCCAUCAACCGUAUAGGAACAGUAUUAGCUAACACAAAGUUACCAAUGAAAGAACGAUUCAGAGCGCUAUUUACACUUAAAAACUUGGGUGGAAAUAUAGCCAUUGAUAAUAUAGCUAAGUGUUUCAAUGAUGAUUCAUGUUUGCUAAAGCAUGAGUUGGCGUACUGCUUAGGACAAAUGAGAGACGAAUAUGCUAUUCCUUACUUAAUCGAAGUACUGAAAAAUGACAAACAAGAGCCUAUGGUUCGACAUGAAGCAGCUGAAGCACUGGGAGCAAUUGGUAAAGAAAAUGUUAUACCAAUUUUGGAAGAAUAUAAAAAUGAUCCUGUGGUAGAACUAGCUGAAACCUGUCAAUUGGCUUUAGGACGACUUUUACUACCUAAAAAUGAAGCAAACAUUGAAAAUAUUUAUGGAUCUGUAGAUCCAGCUCCUCCUUCUGAAAUAAAAAGUGUAGAAGAACUCGAAAAAAUACUUACUAAUGAAAAUGAAAGCCUUUUUAAUAGGUAUAAAGCAAUGUUUUCACUACGAGACAUUGCAUCAUCUGAAAGUAUCACUAUUCUUUCUAAAGCGUUAUCUUGUGGAAGUGCAUUGUUUAAACAUGAAAUAGCUUUUGUUUUGGGACAAUUACAAUCACCACUUAGUGUACCAUAUCUAAAAGAAUCAUUAAUAGAUGAAAAUCAAAAUGAUAUGGUCCGACAUGAAUGUGCAGAAGCAUUAGGUGCAAUUGCUACAGAUGACUGCUAUGAUAUAUUAAAACAGUAUUUAAAUGACCAGAAGGUAGUCGUCAAGGAAAGUUGUGAAGUUGCAUUGGAUAUGUGUGAAUAUGAAAACUGCCCCGAUUUUCAAUAUGCAGAUACUCUUGAAAAAGUUACUUUAUAAAAACAAAAUUCAAGGAAACCAGAAAAAUAGAAGAAAAAAAGUUCUGGAUUUCACACUAUUAAAAUCAUCAAAAAUCAACAAAAUAUCCUCUUGACAUUGUAUUCAUUCCUUAUAUAGUAAAUGUAUAAAUUAUACCCCAACACAUCUGUGAACGUGGAACAUUCUUUUAGUCAAUAGAAAAGUAUUCUCCAACUAAGCCAAUUUUUAUUUGAAAAGCUUUAACAAUAUUUUGUUUCUCAAUGCUUUGUUCGGGAAUAAUAAUCAUAGAUUUAUGUACCUACCUACAUCA